AGCCACUACGAGCUCUAACGAGCGCAGCACGGCAGCAACGCUAGUUUCGUCGGUGAAACGGACAGGUGCGCGUCGUUGGAGGGAGCGUUUACUAAAGACUCGUCCUCACGAGGAAGGCAAGCUCCCGGUGAUGGGGUUGCAGUCGGGUUCCCGCACAUUGGACAUCGGUUGCCGUCAGAGACGCUUAGUCAUCGCUCGCCCCGUCGCCACGACACCCAAGAUGCUCACUUGGAGCUGCCUGCUGGUGGCCAUGCUGCUCGUCCCGUCGGCCUUCGCCGACGCCAACGAGGCCACUGACGCAGCUUGCCUGGAUGCAGUCAACAUCACCUUCUCACCUCCCCCUCCAGUCAAGUUUGAGUUCGAAGCGUCGCCAUCGUCGGAGGUCGUUAGCAUGAAUCACCUGUACAGCAUCACAAACUACUUCAUCUCACUCGUCAUCGCAAAGCCAGGCGUACCGAAAGUUCUCCUAGAUGAGAAGAUGCUCAAGGACCCCAUUGCCGUGAUUGGGAGAGACCACAAGAUGAUACUCGGAGAGUUCAAGGGCCUGCUCGCUUUGGUUGCGAUUGGCCUCUUCCUGGCGCUGGUGGUGCCCCUUGUCGGCGUCAUCGUGCUGUGUUGCCGUUGCUGCCGGCGGUGCGGCGGCGCCAAGAACGUGGCGGAGAAGAAGGGGGACACCAAGUGGCGCGGCUUCCUGGGACUGUUCCUCUUCUUCGCCGUCGUCGCCAUGUUGUUUGCCAUUGUGUGUGCAUUCGUCACAAACUCUUACAUCCCCGGCGGGAUCGACGGCAUUUCCGUCCAGGCCGAUCACACCAUCAGCGACGUGUCACAGCUGAUCAACAAAACCAAAGGGGAGCUGGAUACCCUUUUGGUGACAAACUACAGAGAGUUCCAAGGGAACCUGGAAAAGAGGCUAGGCACCUGCACGAAGAGUGUUGGGGACGACUUUUCCGGCCUCAUCAGCGGCCCUCCGUUCAGCGACGUCAAGAACAUCACCGAGAACUUGCAGACGAUCGACGCAAAGAUGGGUACCAUCCAGGACUCGGUGAGGAAGCUGAAUGGAAUCAUUCAGCAAAUGGGUCAGACAGUUCCCGAGAUCAAGCGGAAGCUGCAGAGCGCUGCGGACGAGUGCAAUAAAGACGGAUCCUCUCAGGGUUGCGGCGACAUCUCCAAGGCGGCCGAACAGGUCUUCGAGAUCAAGGAGGUGGACCUCACGGAAUUCAACAAGUUGAAGAAAUCCGUCGAGGACCUUAAACCGGACGAACUCGCCAAGCAAGUUUCUCAGGCCCUUGACCCCACUGCAAGGAAAGAGGCUUUUCUCAGAGAUGUCGGCGAGAAAGUCGAAGCCCUCAAGAGAAAGCUCACCGACACCGGAGCGAAGUUGACCGACAUCAGCGCCAAAAUUGAUCCAACCGCACACCUGACUCCGUCGAUGUUCAACCGCGAGGCGUCGGGGGUCCGCAACACGAUCGCCACUGCAAAACCCUACGUGGCCUACUACAACUACGCCACGUUGGCCAUCGCAGCCGUCCUAGCGUUCGUCCUCCUCGCCUAUGUGCUGGGCCUCACGUGGGGCGGCUGCGGAUCGCGCGACGGGUCGUGCAGCCGCGGCUCCGGCGGAUCCUGGCUCUCCGCCGGCGGAACCAUCUUCAUCCUCGCCUUCUUCAUCCCGAUGCUCGUGUCGACGGUGCUCUUCGCCGUCGGGAUCGUCGGACAGCGGUCGACGUGCGACCUCGCGCUCGACCUCGGAUCUCCGGAGGCGGAGUCGUUGAUCCGGUUCGCGUACGAGCGCGCACUUCCGGAGAAGGACGGGCCAAAGCACAGCGGAGUCGAGUACGUCAACGCGGACGUCGUGGUCGGCGUCGUGCGGAGGUUCGCGGAGUGCCACGACACUCCGCGCGGGCUCUACGGCCUGCUCGGAGAGGAGUUGGUGGCGAACGUGACGCGGUCCGCGACGAAGAACGGAGGCGGGGGCGGAGAAAUCUCGUUCGAGCUGCUGUUGGACGACGGGAAGAGACUGGACUUCGACGCGGAGACGAAGGCCUUCAUGGACGAGGUGCGGAAGCUGGACUUCCGGGACGUCGUCUCGAAGGAGCUGGACGCGAAGCUCGCGGACGUCGAGAAGAUUGACCUCGAGGCGGUGCUGAACAAGAUCGUGGACUACAAGGCAAAGCUUGACAAAAGCGUCGUCCCAUCUGGCAGCAUUCCAAGCAUGAAAGAGAGACUGGAAAAAAUGAAGACUGGCAAGUCAACAACUGUGGCAGGCAUGUUGGACGACGUCAUUCGACAGCUUGACAGGAUCAAGGACAACAUUGCUGAAAUUGAAGAUUCCAAACCAAACUUAAAAGAUGCCCUGACCUCUCUGGAAACCCUUCUCAGAAUGGAUGGAAAGCCAUUCAAUGUGUUCGCCAAAGAGAAGAUCGACCAGAUCAAGACGACACUGGAUGAGAUCACGCUCAACGUCACGAACAAGGCCGAGUUGUACAAGGACAAGUUUGUGGAGUUUGCGAACGUCUACGUCAAUCACACCAGGGGUCAGGUGAAGGAGCACGUCGGGGAUUGUAGGCCUGCGUACGCCGUGUACCAGGCGUCCGUCAAUGCCGUCUGCAGCAAUGUUCUGCUGCCUUUCAAUGGAUACUGGUUCAGCGUCGGGGCAUUCAUGGUCAUCGGCGUGCCGGCACUCAUCCUGGCGCUGUGCCUGGCGUCGCUGUACCACAGGGUGGAUCCCUCGUUGGCCAUCCUCGAGUCCCUGAGCCGUGGAGAUUCGGACCACGUCUCGGGCGGUAGCUACAUGGACAGCGACACCAUCCCGCUUGCACGGCUUUCGAAACAUCCGGGACAUAACGGAGUGCGGGUUUAUCCAGUCAACAACCCAGAUUAUAGCAGUCAUCACUGUGGUGUAAACCGCAAGCGGCGUCAGGGCGGUGGCGGCGGCGGUGGCGGCGGAGGUGGCGUCGGCGCGGGCAGGGGAGUCUACGACAACCGCGAUGGCUACCUCCACGACGUCAGCCCUGAGUACCGCGACCACUCCGCGCAUCAGCAGCCCCCGCACCGCACCGUGGCGGGCGUGGCGUCCCCCGGCGUCGCUUACGUCCCGGCCCCGACGUACCAGUACUCGCGGGACCCGGGUCUACCCCUGUACGGGAAAGGGUACCAGCCGAUGCCACCGGCCCUGUCGCAGCGGGUGCCGAGCGGGGAGUGGGACGCGUCGGGACAGUUCGGUGCCAAGCCGCCGCCGUAUUACUACCCCGGAGCGUGAGCAGGAGGGAGCUCGCGCGCACGCCAAGGACGUGAGGACGUUUCGCCGCGUCGUACGGGCACGCGUUCGCAGUGCGGUCUCGUGGCGGACGUCGCAGCGAGACGACCUCGUAGGAUGGCUUUAUUUUUUUAUUUUUUUUGUGUGUGUGUGUGUGUGUGCUCAACAAAAGGGGAAAUUGACUAGCAAAAGGUUGCUUUAUGGGCAUGUGUCAUAUUGAAAGGGGCCUUUUAUAAUGACUUUAUUUUUAUUUAUUUUUUGAGGAGAAGGGAAAUUUACUAGCGUGGGGUGGUCUUUCGGGCAUCUGUCAUAUUGAAACAACUUUUUCCGUUGGCUUUAUUUGUUACAUCUUUUUUUUUUUAGGAAAGGAGAAAUAGAAACCAUAGGCAGGUUAAUAAAAGCAGGAAAAGCUUCUCUCACAAAGCCCUCCAGUUUCCACUUUAUUGGAGGAAACGCUAGAGAGGAAAGACCAGUUACAAGAAUGAAGAGGGAAAGGAAAUUGGCUCAUUGGGCAGGGGAGGAAUCGUGAGUUUUUAGUUUUCAGUAUAGGUGGAGCAAGCUACCGCCCAUUAUAGAAGGUACAGCCGUUAACAUCCAUCCAUCCUUCCAACAGUCGUAGCGAGCGGAGAGCUUUUACGGGAAGAGAUUGUCCUGCUUUUCUUUGCCUGCAACAAACUCAAUCGAAGGGCGAUCUUUUGGGCCUUCGGUUCAUCAUGUUCUUUGGUGCCCAUGGCAGACGAGAUAUCGCGCCUGUAGCUGCGCUAGCAAUCGCAGCAAAAUCGAGCCCUUGUGAGGGAAAGUUCUGCGGCAGGAUCGCUGUAGUAAAGACUGAUGUAGUGAAGGAAGGCUAGAGUAUGCUUGUAAUGCCAGCACAGGCGAGAAUACUGAUGUCAUGGGACCAUUUCCCAGCAUAAGAUUCUACUUUGUCGUUAAAAAUCCGCUUCGAAAGGUCCGGGGAGAGCUUUUCUUUUGUUUUUCACCUCGGUAGUGCUCAGAAUUGUCUUGACGUUUGCAAAGCGCGGGAAAAAUAACAGUUUUUCUCACGUCGUCUCUUGUGGGAAAGGGCAUUAAUGAGAUUCGUAUGUAUAUCUUUACCUUCUCGACUUCCUAGUUUUCCCCUCGAACGGACGGUCGCGCCGCUUCUGAGAACGAACAAAAAUUUGAUCCUCUCUUGCUAAUGUAUAAUCCGCCUAGUCAGGCGUGCAAAGGUUUAUGGGCUUAUCCUGGAGUCUGUAGAAAAAAAAUCCUGCUACCAAUAAUAGUCUAUUUUACCAGCUUCAUGAUCAACACAAUUUCAUAUAUAGUAUGUGUGAGGGUUUGAUGGUGGUGCUCAAACAUCACAUUUCCAGCACGAGAUUGCGUGGCUCACUUUCUGUCAUGUCGUAAGUUUGCAGGUACCCACGGACAUGAGGAAGCGUUCCUGCCAUCAUGUUUGCCAUUUGCUGGCGUGCAUAUAUUUUGAGGAAACAUAGUCGCGAAGCAGGCGGCGUUUUCAUGUGGGCGGCCACCAGACAGCGGCCCCAACGGAAGCUCCUUUUGUGGGACGUUUCCCAGUCCACAUAGUGACUCCAGAUUUCUUUGAACUGCCAAUGCACAGCUCGAUUUCAGAGCGACUGGUGGGUGCUUUACCAGCGGAGCUCGGUGCCUCACAUUGAUUUCCGCACUACUUUCGCGGCCGCUUCCAAAAAUCGUGGACCCGAAGAGGCGUCGAACAACCUUGAAGUCCAGGGGUGUCUGUUUUGUCACAUUGCAGACGACUUUUUUUAUUUCUGCUACAAGCGUGGCCAUGGAACGUCGCAACUCGAAAGCCGUUCUGUACAUUCUGACGCAGCGAGAAUUGUUAAUUGCCGUAGACAAAUGUCUAAGAUCUUCAUUAUUUUUUGUGUUCUUCGUCUACGGCAUCUUCUACCGUACUAUCGUCAGUUCACUUGCGUCUGUGUUAGAGGACGCUCCCAGUUAGAUGUUUCCUCAAAUUCGCUUCGCAGCCAUCUAUGGAACAUAUUGAUUUGCUAAUUUAUGAUUUUAAACACGGUGUCUAGCGGGGCUUGAAUCUGUGUAGUGCAUUGCGGUGAAACAGAUUUUCUUUCUGUAUAAGUUAUGUUCAUGUGUAAUGGAAGGGCAGGUACCCUUGGGCGAAGGGAUGGUAAUGUGUUCUAAAGACUCUGUUUAGUUUGUUCUAGUAUACAUCGGGUUGUGCGUUUUGUCACGGAGCACGCAUUACUGCCACGAAAGCUUUGUGCUCUACCAAUACCCUCAUUGUUCUCCCGGUUCUACAGAACCACCACCAGACAUUUUCUCAGUGGCAUUGAUGCACGUGCGACAGACAGCACCGUGCGUUGCUUCGAAAGACUAGUGUUGCCAACCUAGCGAUUUUCGGAGGUCAACAACGAUUUACUCGAUUUGAACUCACUUUGCCGCCACCGAAGCCGGGCGGAAGCAGUUUUACGCGAACGUUCAGACCUUGGACGUGUGGCGACAAGUGUUUAAGGAGGCUUCUGUUGCUGCCAUCUGUUUCACGCUGUCUGCAGGAUGCGUAACAGUUUCGCGCGUCUCACAUUUGCACGGGUUACCCAGUGUUGGACGUCCGCGCAGUGGAGUGACAUUGGUUGCCAGAUAGAGGGUUUGAACCUUAGCUGGGACCGGGGAUUCCGACAACCGGACUUUGCGGUGCAAUCGGUUUCGGUUUUUUAUUAUUUUUUGGGGGGUGGGGGGGGGGGGGGGAGGGGACCCGUUUCGUGUGAAAUCUGGGUCUCCACAAAGUGCCGAGUUUUCUUGCUGUGCGUGUCAGUGUUUCUUAGUGUUGAUUUUUAUGUGUUUUCUUUUUAAUCUCUUCACCAAAGGUUUCUGUCUGGUGCAAGCUCAUUUAACGUUUCGUGGGCCAGUUUUGCGUUGUGGGUCGGGGGGGAGACCUCGCAAUUUUAACACUCGUUAUGGUAUAGCACUAACGGCCGUGGGUUUCGGGUCGAAGCUUGUUAAACGUCGCCGCAAGGAGAUGUGCACGUUGUAGAGAUGGUGCGCCGCAUUGAAGCGGUUUCUUCGUCGCUCGACACCAUGCUCCGCAUCUCUUCUUAGCGUAGCCUGCGGAAGACGCGCAUGAGUCGAAACGUUGUCCGUUUGGUGUUGUUUAACACCGAGGUUGUAAUUUGUUAGUCACGUAUGUAUCUUACCGUAACUUCAUUGCUCAUUAGUUUUCCUCCCCUGUGUAACCCGCCGUCAAACUGCCCGAGCGUUGAAGCACCCAACGACAAUGCUCGAUGCGCCGUAGUGUAGGAAUGCCGACGGUUCAACGGGCCGAGCACAGGAACAACGUUUACGUGCCAAAAUCUCGUUUGCAAAGUGUUCGAGGUAAAAAGUGCAUCCAACGACUUAGCAACAGAGGCGAUCUAGCGAUUGCAGAGGUUCCAAGGACCCAGAAAAUAAGGUUGCCGCAAUUCCAACCCAGACCAAGUGCCUUUCAACAGAUCUUUAUGACAAGCUAUAUAUGACUAAUAGAGUUGAAAGGAGCUCGUUAUUUUAGUAAUGGCGGGACGGUGACCAUCCGCAGGCAUUUGCCGGGAACGCACAAAAAAGGCCCAGGACCGACUGCUUUAUUUUGGACCAUGUCUCAAUGUGUGUUGGUGGUACCUUUGUUGACAAAGACGGCAGUUACAGUGUUGUAUCCUCCUGUUGCAGCGCUCUUAGUUGUGACUAUCGAGUUCCAAUAGGUUAGUGGGUGUCUAAGCCAGGCACCGUAGCCUGGGAUUUCACGUUUUUAAUGUUUUUCCUUCAAUGCCGGUGGUCUGGCGAGUCUAGUGUGUGUAGCGCUACACCCCAAGUAGUCCUUAAGGUGUACAGCGAGUUCGUUGAUGCCGAAAUGACGCCGAAAUUUAGCGAUGUUCAACGAUCGAGGGAUGCAAAAAAAUGGUGAUACUUCGAUUGAGAAGAAAAAUGUCCUGUUUGGCACAAGCUUGUGGGAAACAUGUUAAUGGUUUCUCGGUUGGUAAACCAAUAAAAGGUUUUCUCGUUGAA